CACUUUAGUUUCGAUUCAUUCGUCAAAGAAGUAACUUAAAAGUUAAGAUCGAAACCACGAUGGCUUCCAGCACAAAGGACGGAAUUACCAUAAGGACAAUGACAAAAGAGGACUACCCCAGUGUAAAAGCAUUCAUGAAAGACGACUUCUUCCAGUCAGAGCCACUGUGGCAGUCUAGUGGCGAGAAAGUUCAAAGUCAAAACGAGAAGGAGAACGACGAGUAUCACCUGUCGAUGAUUGCCGAUGAGAACAAUGGUGGCAGAUUGGUGGGACUGGUACUGGCUGGUGCCCAGUAUCCCGAGGACUUGGAGAAGCAUCGCAUUGAGGCAGAGUCCAUGGAGCAGAACUUUUGGGCUCGCAUAUGCAUAAUGCUAUCUAAAAUUGAACGGGAGGCCAAACUCUUUGAGCGCUUCGGCAUCUCGAAGCUGCUCUACUCCCACAUUACCAGUGUCGAUGCGUCGAUGAGGGGCAAAGGACUGGGAUCACGACUGGCUGCCACCUUGAUGGAGGUGGGUCGAGCUAAAGGAUUUCCCGCAAUGGUGAUGAAGUGCGUCCAUCCGCUGUCCUACGCCGACUACAAGGACGAUCAAGGACGACCGAUAUUUACACCCGCAGAACCACACACUAUGGCUCGAGUUAUGGUCAUCAAACUGUGAUUAUUAAUGCUUAAUACAAAAAUGUGACGUAAGGAAGAUAAUUAAAUCAAUAAAUAAUUUUAAAUAAAUACCCGUUAUAUGCCGAAUUUCAACCAUAAAAGGUAUUUAGUAGAUUUCAAAGUAUAA